AUGGUGGGAUCAAAUGCCUCUGAGGUCAUCCUUAUCUCUGUCAAUCACAGCAUCACUUUGAUGGGAAAAGUGUGGUUCAUUGUGAUGAUCCUCCUCCGUGUCCUCAUCCUCCUAUUCGCUGGUUAUCCUCUCUACCAGGACGAGCAGGAGAGAUUUGUGUGCAACACCAUCCAGCCGGGCUGUGCCAAUGUGUGCUACGAUCUGUUCUCUCCCAUCUCUCUGUUUCGCUUCUGGCUGGUGCAGCUUGUCACCUUGUGUCUCCCCUACAUUGUCUUCAUGAUCUACGUGGUCCACAAGGUGUCCAACGGCCUCACUGUGGAUUUACUGUUAAAAAAAAAGACGUCUGCGAAGAAGAGGCCGUCGGUGGCUGAGCGAAGGUCAAUCCAAAGCUUCACAGGCGCCUACAUCCUCCACCUGAUGUUCAGGACGUUGCUGGAGGUGGGGUUCGGGGCAGCUCACUACCACAUCUUUGGCUUCUACAUCCCAAGAAGGUUCCUGUGCCAGCAUCCACCGUGCACCACCCAGGUGGACUGCUACAUCUCCCGGCCCACAGAGAAGACCGUCAUGCUCAACUUCAUGCUCGCCGUUGCCGCUCUGUCUCUUAUUCUAAACAUGCUGGAUUUUAUCUGUGCCAUCAAGCGCUCUGUGAAGCAGAAGAGCAAGAGUAAGAUGGAGAAGAUGUAUGAGGAGGAGCGAUGUUUCCUCGCAGCUGCUGGAGGAGCCUCAAGUGGAGCUGAUCCAAACGCCUCCCCGGCUCAGCGGGAUGUGGAUGCAGGUCAGACGGGGAGUUUUAGGAAGAGGCGAGGCAGUAAGAGCUCUUGUGUAGGGGGAGCUCUCCCUCCAGGUCAGGAACCCCUCUUCAGAUGCUCUCCAGGACCUCCAGGCUGCAACACCAACGGGAACAACGACUACUCUGUGACUCAAGACGAGGCUCUGGAGAAGAACGGCAGCGAGGUGGCUCUUUGCCCUCCAGAGCCAAUUGGGACGCCGAGAUCCAUCCGCGUUAGCAAGCGCGGUCGACUCAAACCGCCACCUCCCCCUAGACGGGACCUCGGUUCAACAGCGCCAAUUGCGGACGUUUCCAUGAAAACCUGUACCAGGAGGGUUGGUCAGUACACGCUGGUUGAGCUGGGAAGCAGCCCGGAGCUGCAGAACAAUGAGGAUGGGCAGGAAAAGAGAUCAGAGUGGGUGUGA